AUGCAUGGAGAGCUUUUGCCCUUUUGCGUGUCUCUCCAUGCGCGCUGCUGACGUCAUCGUGGGAGUGUCUCAACGGCAGGAAUGAAAUGAACGGUCAUCGGCGCAAUCCUCUCAGGACUCACCAUGUAAUAUCGCCAGGUUUGCCAGGCUAGUCGACAGGAACAAGAAAAACUACUCCGUCCCAUCUGGAUCGAGUGGCAGUUAUCGUCUAUGACCUGAAGAGAUUAUUUUGGAUUACCCCGUAGGAUUAAUUCACACCAUCUUUCUAAAUGGAGACGACAGAGCGGGCGAACUGAUGAAUGGGACGAGCCAUUCCUGAAUUGAGAGCCAGAGGAGGCCGGGCUGGUCUGAUGACAAGCAUGACUUUGAGCCAAUCCACAGAUGCAUGCACGCUCACAGAACCCACCCGAGUGCCAAGCCCCCUGCUACCUGGCUUUUGAAUCUGCCUGUCAGAGGGUUAGUGGUGGCGGGGCUUAGUUAGACCCUGACCCGAUGCCGACCCUCUAAGUUGAACCUGGCAGCCUUGAGAUGGAUCAGGGUGCUAGCGAACAACCUGCCACGGAGGAGCCAGACUCCGGGACUCGAGCUGAGUCGGGGGCGAGCAGGAGGGCUUCUGAGGCCGAGCACAGCUUGUCCAAAAUUACUCAAAAUGCCCUGGAGAACAUGGGCGUGCUUGGCCAUGGCCUGAAACAGCUCUUCCAACCCCAGCGCCGGCGCUCAUCUGUCGUGCCACAAGACCUCUCCUCUUCCUCUGCGAGCCCUGCACCUGAGGCCGCAGAGGCAGGGUCAGAGUUGGGAGAAGCCACUGCCCCUAACAUCACGCCUCCUGACUCUGACCUCCCAUCCACUUCCACCCCCCCCGCAGCUCUGAGCCGUGUGCUGCAGCAGAUCCGAGGUGCUCCCCCCAUGAUGAAGCGAGGGACCAGCCUGCAGAGUCGCCGCAGCAAGACUGGGGGGGGAGGGGAGCCCCCCCAGAAAGGCAGCCCCCAGAUCCAUCGGCGCAGUACCCAGGAGGCUUUGAUGCAGGCUGGACGCCCGCGGUCGUCCUCCACCACGGACACUCCCAGCAGCCCUGCCUUGGCCGACAUGCUCCUGACCUCCGGCUAUCACUCCACCGAGGAAUCAGACCGAGUGGAUCGCCUAGAGGUGUCUGGCUUGGCUGCAUCCCCCAACGCUCUGUCCAGCAGCUCAGAUGGCGGCGGUGCUUACGGUGUAGACUCGGUAGACGGCGCUCCUGACCCGCAGCGCACCAAACAAGCCAUUUCUCAGCUGCAGCAGAAGAUCCUCAAGCUCACGGAGCAGAUCAAGAUCGAGCAGACGGCGCGCGACGACAACGUAGCCGAGUACCUGAAACUGGCCAACAACGCUGACAAGCAGCAGAGCGCACGCAUCAAGCAAGUAUUUGAGAAGAAGAAUCAGAAGUCAGCACAGACCAUCCAGCAGCUGCAGAGGAAGCUGGAGCAUUACCACCGCAAGCUGAGGGAGGUGGAGCACAACGGCAUCCCGCGCCAGCCCAAAGACGUGCUACGUGACAUGCACCAGGGCCUGAAGGACGUCGGCGCCAAGGUGACCGGAGGUCUCUCCAGUAUCUCCCAGGCCACUCAUUCAGCUGCAGGCGUUGUUGUUUCCAAACCCCGUGAGUUUGCCUCGCUCAUCCGCAACAAAUUCGGGAGUGCAGACAACAUCUCGUCGCUAAAAGACUCUCUGGACGAGACGCAGGGGGACGAAGCUGUGCCAGGGGUUGUACCAGGGGCCGGGACGUCAUCCACUAGAGCCCUAGCACCUGGACAGUUGCAGUCCAGCCCCAAGUACGGCAGCGAGGACGACUGCUCGAGCGCCACAUCAGGCUCGGCAGGGGCCAACAGCACCACUGGAGCCCCUGGAGGACCCCCAAGCUCCAAGGGCAACACGCUGGAGCACGGCCAGGCCUCAGGCCUUGACGCUCUGUUUCACGAGAUCCAGGAGUUGCGGGAGAACCAGGGCCGGCUGGAGGAGUCGUUUGAGAAUCUGAAGAGCCUCUAUCAGAGGGAUUACACGGUUAUCAUGCAAGCCCUGCAGGAGGAGAGAUACAGAUGUGAACGUCUAGAGGAGCAGCUGAAUGAUCUCACAGAGCUCCAUCAGAAUGAAAUUCUCAACCUGAAGCAGGAGCUGGCCAGCAUGGAGGAAAAAAUCGCAUACCAGUCUUACGAACGGGCCAGAGACAUACAGGAGGCGCUGGAGGCCUGCCAGACGCGCAUCUCGAAGAUGGAACUACAGCAGCAGCAACAGCAGGUGGUGCAGUUGGAGGGGUUGGAGAACGCCACGGCACGCACCCUGCUCGGCAAGCUCAUCAACGUUCUGCUGGCCGUCAUGGCUGUCCUGCUGGUGUUCGUGUCGACGGUGGCGAACUGUGUGGUCCCGCUUAUGAAGACACGCAGCCGCACGCUUUCCACGCUGCUCCUCGUCGUCGUCCUGGCCUUCCUCUGGAGGAACUGGGAGGCCAUUUCACAGUACCUGGACCGUUUCUUGCUGCACUCUAGAUGACCUGCACGGAAAGUGAUAUCGGCUUUAUGAAGGGAAAGAAAGGACGGGGCCUGACGAAGGACCCGGAGACAAGCGCACUGCCUCAGCCGCUGUGAGCUCCAGAUGAAGGAGCUCGGUGAGGAUGGAUGUCAAGAGAGAUCUCACAGAUGAUUUUGAUGCUUUGUUCCUUGCCCAAGGAGUGAAUUUGUUUACAUUUUGAUGAAGAUAUUUUUUUUUCUGUCUACUGGAAAAAAAUUGUAAUGCAGAGUUGUUUUUUUUUUUUUUUUUUUUUGGUGUUGAAAGUGAUGCAAGUUGUGUUGCUUUGUGUCCUUGUAUAAUUAUAGUAAGAGUAUAAAAUUUAUGCAAAUAACCAGGAUCUGGUUUUGCGGCACUGAAUUAACACUGGAGUGUGUCGAGUGCAAACAGGAUAACGUUCUCUUCAUCAGCAUAGCCUUCAUCACUAUCAUCACUCAGCUUGUUUCCCUUUCUAAACCACGCAGUCUGCUUUUACUCUCUUUCUUCACCACAAUUUCCUCUCUCUCUCUCUCUCUCUCUCUCUCUCUCUUUCUGUCUAUCUGUCUCACACUAUGCACAUCUGUCUUUCUCUAAAUCUCUCUUUGCCCUGCUGUGCUGUGUCCUAUUCCUCUACAUCCUUCUUAUGACCCUUUGCUGCUGAAAGGACUUCCGCACAAUCAUCACUGGAAGAAAUGGGUUCAGCUUGUGCAGAUGAGUUUUGUGUUUGAUUAGCUGGGCUGUACUGGACUGGGCCACAGAAUAAGAAAGUUCUUGGCUUAUCAAAGACCCAGGCUGCCCUGCCUUUGCUUCUCUAGCCCUGCCCAUUGUGCCCCCUGCUGGCCUGCUCUGAUAGAGGCACUGCCUCCAACCCAUAAACAGAAUGAACAUACUUGAAGAGCUAGAAAGGCUCAAAGACUAUCAGUGCUUCCGUACUGUUUCUUAUAGCGACGAUGAAAUAGUCCUUUUUAGUUUUUAUUUUUUAAAAUUAAAUGAAUAAACGGGCUGUUUUAAAAGUGAA